UGUUUAUAAAAAAAAAAACAACUAUUGAUCGGUAUCCGCAGUGCAAAUACUUACAAAUACAUUUUUAUAUCAAUAAUAAAUACUACGGUUUAAACUGACUUAUAAUAAAAUCGUGUACAAAAUAGCAAAACUUAAAUUAAAUACAAUUUAGUUCAUUAAGAAGACGUCACAAUAAGGUAUGCCAUGUAUUUUAUCAUUGUAACCCGUGUAACGUAUAAAAAUCCGCUUCCCCAUAUCCAUGAAUACUAAAUUAGUUUUACAAUGUUUAAUGUUAAAACGUCCAUUGCAUGUAACAUUUAACAAUACAUAUCUGUUCUAAUAUCGUAUUAAUAUAUUAUUAAACGUAGGUUGAUUCGUUUAUCCAAUACGAGCGAUUAUCUAUACGAAGAUUUUGAAUGAAUUUGUUUACUACGUACUCAAAAUUAUUUAAGUUGGGUCAAAAUUUAUAUUAAAAAAAAAUAUACCUUUUGAACAAUCGUAAUAUCUUUCUCUCCUAAGAUUUGGUCCUAUAGAAGAUUUUUAACGACAUAAAACCGAAAAAUGUAUUAAUAAGUUUACAGUGUACAUACUAAAAAGUGGUAUGUGUGAGUAUUGAGUAAAUAUUAUAAUAAUUUUUUUUAUAUUUAUACAUCUGUGAUAUCAUUAAGCUAAUCGUUAAGGUCGUGAUAAUUUAAGUUAUUAAACAUAAAAAUUACGGACAAUUAACGUAUUAAAUAACGAUAAUUACAAAAUUACGCAAAAUCGAAUUGAUCGAGUAUAAUCACUGAAAAAUUUUAAAACCUAUAAUAGUCCGAGAACAUAGUAUUUGUAAUAAAUUACUUUGAAUAAAAAAUUUGACAAGUUACUGAUAAAGUUGAAAAUAAUUGUUUGUUUAUAAAAUAAAAUGCAAGUAUACAAUCUAAUUAUGUAUACCGAUUACAAAUAAAUCGUAUACACACUUGAUUACACAGCCGACAGGUUAUUAUCUAUGUCAAGUACAUAAAACAAUUUACUUUUUUAAAAAAAAUAUUAUAUUAUUUUUACUCAGUCAAUUUAACGACAGCUCGAAAUUAUUAUUCAAGAGAUGAGCACAUAAAAAAAAAAAAAAAAUUCAUAGUUCUACAUACAUGUCUUUUUGGUACAAGUACCAUUAUGAAUCUAGUUAGGGAAUUGGAGAAAACGGUUUUUAAUUUUCCGUGCAGUUUUCAAAAUGACUGAGGAAAAUAACGAUUUAAUUAGUUUCGAUUUUGUGAUUUUGUUGUAAUUCGGUUAAAAACCUGUAAUUUUCACAAAAUUCUUGUAUUAUUAUUAGCCUAUUCUAUAGAUGCAGUAAAAUAUUUAAAAUUAUUAUGACAAGUUUUAUGAUAUUUAUACGAGUUCAAUAAUUUUGAGUCACAACAAGAAAUAAGGCACAAUGGAUGAACUGUUGAAAAUGUCCACUAAUAUUUCAUAUAAAGGACUACUGAGCAGAAAUGUUACAUCUGUGAGAUACGGCAUGAAAAAAUGCUAUAUUUGUCAAACCUACAAUAUUGAUAAAAUAAAAACAUGAAAACUAUUUUACGGAUAAUUUAUUUUGAACUUUGAUACAAUUUUCAAAUAAUUACCAUCAAAUGAAAAAUCCAAUUCUUUUUACGCGUAAUUUGAAAAACCAGAGCCAAGAAAAACGUUGGAAGCUUAAAUUUGGUAAAACAACUUUUUUUCUAGGUCAAUUUAAAUCUUAUCAUUUCUUGAGAACCGUACAAAAAUCUGGAAAAAAUAUGUUUUAACCGAAAAUUGUAUUACAGUCUUUAAUUUCAAUGUGCACCAUAUCCGAAAAAGCAAUAUCGUUUUUAACACACCAUUUUGAGUAAGUGAACAUACUGAAAUAUUACAGACCGAAUAUAAUAUUGUUAUUCAAUUUCUAAAAACUUUAAAAUACUAUCAAUCACAUCAUAUUACAAUUUUUUUUUAAAAUAGCCCAUCUUUGUUUUACCAAUGUAGUUUUGAAUAAUUUAACAACAAUUAGAAAAAAGAGGUGUGUCAGUUAAGUUUAAAAUUUUUACAAAAACAAAUUUAUUGUUCAAAAAUAUAAAACAUUAAAUCCUUAAACCUACAUCCGUGAAAACAGUUUUUUGAUUUCUCUAUUUUUCAAGUUUUGCCAAAUCCAAUGCUUGCAGCACUUAAUACAAUAUAUUUAAUAGGUACAUAUUAUAACGUUUUAAAUAAUCCUCCCUCCACCAAAAAAAAAAAAAAAAAGAAACAAGAAUCAAAAGUGAUUUUUUAUUGAUCAACAAAAUAAUAAUAUAGGUAUAUUUAAGUUAUAUAAAUAUAUUACCGGUGAUAUUGACAUUUCAGGAAAUUUUGACAAUGCCUCAGAAAUAAUAUAAUAAUAAUAAAUAAUUCGUAAUAUUUUAGUAAUGUAUUUCAUACGUAUUCCCGUUUUUUCUCAGUUUUUUUUUUCAAUUUUUCAAAUUUAAUGAUAAAAUUUUAAAAAAAAUCGAAAAAUGACCUCCAUUAAGUACCUCCCUACACCAAUUUCUUAUCAGAAAAGGUACUACACUUAAAAAAUUGAGCAAGUUUUCUGAUAGAAAAAUUACGCAUAGAUAAAAAAAAAAAAUAAGCAUCUUUGUAAAACCAUAAGCUUCUUCGCUCCACUUAUAAUCUAAAAUGUAAAAAAGGACUUCGCUCGUAAGUGCAGUUAUUAUUAUAGGUUAGAAAUUGGGAGAGUAGGGUACAGAAAGGAAUUUAAUGUGUACCUACAAGCAACGGUAGCAUCUAUAGCAAUUGUUUAUCCAUUGCUAACGAAAAAAGCGAUUCUAAGCGGAAAUGUGUUUAUAGUGUUGCUUUGUCAACAAUACAGCAUAUGGUACAUAUCAUAUUAUGAUAAAACGAUUAAAAUGUAUGUUUCCAUGACAGCAAUGAUUUUUUAAAAAAUUAUAAAGUAAUAAAAACUUAAUAAUAACAAAUAAAAAUAAAAAAAACGGCUCCCAAUAACAACCUUAUUUUCAAUCUUUCAAUCUUUUUUAACCUAAAAGCCGAUGUUUUCCUUAUUAUCUUGAAUAUUCAUGAGAAUUUUGAAAAAUGAUCUCUCUAAAGUACCACCCAGAGAACAUUUCCUUUUAGAAAAGAUCCUAUACUUGAUAAUCAUAGAAGGCUUUUUAGUAAAAAAAAAGUGUUCACAAAACAAAAAAAAAUAAUAAUAAUAAUAAACAUCAAUGAAAAAGCACUACAUUCCUCGUUCCACUGUAUAAUCUAAAAUAUAAAAAAAAGCUAUUUAUUUAAAUAUAAAAUUAAUAUGUAAUUUUACUGUAAAUAUAUGUUAUUGCUUAUUAUCGUUAUAAAAUUUCAUUUCCUGAUUGUCAAAAUUACCGGUAACAUAGAUUUAUAAAAAAUAAAAAAAUAAAGCUGGAGUAUUAUAAAGAUGUGUAAAUACAAUCGGGAUUCGAUUUAUAAAAUUAUUAUCUGGUAAUACAACAGCAGACGGUAAUUUUAAAUCAAUACCGAUAGUAUUUACAUAUGACCUUUAUAUUAUAUUCCAGAGUUUGUUUUACUUGUGUUUACGUAGGUUUAUGUGUUUAAAAGUUUUGCAUAAAAUAUGCCUGUACACAUUUCAUACACUUUUACAUUUUUAUUUUUUUUAAUACUUGUAAAUUAUUUGAUUUUGUUUAGAUAUUAUCUUUGAAAUACAUUCAUAAACAAUAGAAAACAUGUUAAACGAAACCAACACUCGAAAUUAUCUCCAUGGUAUUAUAGCCGACAUUCAGUUGCACAUUUCUAAUAUGAUAAAGGAAGAAAUAAAAUAUGGUAGGUACUUACUUAAUGUCACAUGUAGUUAUAAGAUUGGGUGUUUCGUUCAAUAAUACUUACCAUGUUAUAAAAUAUUUUAAUGAAAUCAAUAUUUGUUUAAGCUUUAAAUGUACUCUUAUAAUUAUUUAAAAUUGAAUAAUUGAGAACAUGUCCGAUUGAUUCAUAUCCGUUGAAUAUGAUUACGACUUUGUAUAAAAACUUUUGUCAAAUUAUCACUACGAUUGUUAACUUAAAAAAAAAACAUACUUUUUAAUUUUAUUACAGUAUACUAUAUAGUAGUAAACAAAUUAUAAUUUUAGGUGCCAAGAUAUAUGAUUUUAAGCAAAGUGAUCAUGGGAAGCAGAAUAGGUAGACAGAACCAUUAGGGAUAUAAGAUCCCUUUUACAAAAAAACAGUGGAUUUUAAAAGGAUAUGAAAUACAUUAUUUGAUUAAGUGUGGUUGAUAGAUAAAUCCAUGGACAUUAAGAUAGAAAAUUAGUGAGUUAGAAGUGUCAACGCCUAGAUGGACGAAUGGAUUCACUCACGGUAUGGGCUUAACAAAGAUGAAGAGUGAAGAAUACAUCGUGAUUUGGGAGUAAUAUAAAAACUACUAGGGUGCCAGUAGUUGAUAUGGUAUACCGAGUCAAGUAGAGAUUUAGGGCUAAGGUAAUUGAACCCAUAUAAUCAGAGAAAAGAGUCGAGGGAAAAGAAGAAAACUUCGAUCAAACAAUACCAAUUUUUUUUUUGUGACACUAUGUAUACAAAUAUCAGUGUAAACUGUUCAAACAACAUUAUAAUUUAACAUAACUCGUUUUGUUGUUACAAUAUUAGACGACGAAAUCGAUUCGUGGCUUUUAAUGAACAAACCGUGGUCUAUCUGUACAAUAAUCGCAAUAUAUUUACUAUUUGUAUUGAAAAUCGGUCCAACAUGUAUGAAGAACCGUCAACCGAUGAACAUAAAGCUCAUAAUGUUAAUCUACAACGCCACGCAAACGGUCUUCAACGGUUGGUUAGUGUGUUGGGUAGGUGUGAUUUCCGAAUUUAUUAAUAUACCUACCUAUUUGAUUGAAUUUUACUAUAAUAAUACUACUAUUAAAUAUAUAAAUUGUAUUUGUUUAAAAAUCAAUAGAUAAUUCAAAUGAUUGGGAAUUGAUUUUAUUAUUUUUAGUUUCUUUUCAUGCCUGGGACAUUUAAUUACGCCUGGAAUUAUUCUUGUCAUUCGGACACUGGACCACACAGUAGAUAUUUAAUAAGUCAGGUAAGAUUACGCAGUAUAUUAUUAAUAAAACAAUACAAAUUUAAAACACAUUUUCGUUCAAUGAAAUAAAUCUGGCAAGAGUGGUACUCUAAGAAUGCCAUUUUUUUUAUUUUUCCAGAGGUUUUCAUAAUAAUUGAGAAACAUGUGUAACCAAACUCAGCUUAGAAUCGUUUUUUGUUAGCGGUCAUUUAUCGUUGCACACAGAUAAACAUUAAACUCCCCUCUAUCUUUCUAACUUUUUACCUACAACAGUGGCCCACAUAUCGUGCGAAGAAAGUCCAUUUGUUUUUCCUUCUAAAUAUUCGAAAUAAUGUUUUCCCAGAUUAUGAUUUUAGAUUUUAAAAAUCUUAUUAAGAACGAUUUUGAAUUUGAUUUCUUUUUUAUGAUGCCUUUUUUUGUUGAAACCGAUUAUUAUGAACUCUAUAGUUCUGUUCACGGCGUCGCAUUAUUAUUUCAAAACAUAUACAAUAGGGUGGUGCUUAAAAUUGUAUAUUAAACAAUUUAUUUACCUACACGUACCUAUUUUUUUUAAAAACAACGAUUUAUCGAUAAGAGUUUAUAUAAAAUUACCAAUGUUAUUUUUAUGUGAAACCUGUACAUUUAAAACAUAAUAAAUUCGUAUUAUACGCGGUAAGAUGAAUUGAAUGCGCAUCAUACAAAUUGCAUAUUACGAGUAUAAUAUUAAUUGUACGGUUCAAUAUACAAAAAAUUAAAAUUAACGAAAUGAAAUGUCAACAUUAAUGUAAAUUAUUUGCAUACCUACCUAGAUAUCUAGUUAUAUACCAUAUACCACGGACUACAAAGUUAAAAUAAUGAAAAAAUACUCGGUAUCUGGUUUUAAAAUGACGUGCAAAUAAACUUAUAAUAACAAUAAUAACUGAUUUUAGACUAAUUAGGGUAAAUGCAAUUUGUGACAAUAUAAAAAAAUCAAUUUAACUUAUGAAUAUUCUAAUAUUUAAUUUACUAAUUUAUCUUCGUUAAGUUCUGUAAAAACAAGAUAAGUUAUACUUAAAAAAAAAACAAUUAAAAAAAAUGUUAAUAUUUAUAAUGCAAUUAUAUUGAAUAAAUUAAUAAAGCAGAAGAAACUAGAGUAAAAAUAUUAUUUUAAUACAUAUUUUUACUAUAAUAUUUAUUUGUUAUUUGUUAAAAAAAAAAAAUAUACAAUUUUUCAUUUUCAAGAAAUUUAAACAAUUUAAUAGGCGCUCAAAUUGAACUACAUUUUGAUUCUAACAAUAUUCUUCUUAUUUUUUUUAAUAAAAUUGUAAAACAAAUGUCCACCACACUGUUUAUAAGAUACCUAUUCAGAAAAAUAAUCAGUUCAAAUAUAAUUAAAAUAUUAUGACCAAACUUAGAAUGGAAACAAUAUAGUAGUAGUGCAUUCGAAAUCUUAAGGUUUAACGUAUUUUAAUUGAUAUCAUGAAGGUCAAUCAGUUUUUUUAUAAAAUAUUUUGUGAAUUAAUUAAAAUGUUAGUUUUUUUCGUUCAAUGUAAAAAUGCUUAUUAUUUAUUUACGUUUCAUUCCCAUAGGAAACCAUAUAAUCGUAUUGAGCCGAUUUUAUAUUCUGUCCUUAUUCCUUUGUUAAAAUACUCAUUGUUUAUAUACCAAGAUUCUACAUACAUCGUGUUUGGAUUCUUAACUCUUUGAUAAGAAACGAGUAUACAUAUCAUUUAAGAAUUCACAUUAAGUAUAUUUUAUUAUCAACUUUCUGAUCCUUACUUUGUUCUUCUAUAUUAUGCACUAUUGUUGUUGAAUAAAUUAAACGAGCACCGAAAGAUAUAGUUUCAUAACAGAAGAAAAACAAGACAAUGUAAAAAAUAAUAAUUCAGAUUUUAUAAAUUAUUUCACGAACCAUCUCUUUAGAACUAUCACAUACCCACAAACCCACAAAUUUUAAAUGAAACAAUGGUAGGUAUUACAACACAAUAUUUAUUAUUUUAUAAUGUAUUUUGUUAUUAAAUUUUAUAAAUUGGGCUCCAGCCCGUUAUAUUCUUAAACAUAUAUUAAUAUAGCUAAUCUAACCUCUAGAACUUAUUUCCGCCAGUUGAUUUAAUAUAAGAAAACCCGCCGAACCCUUAAAACCGUGAAAAUCGACGAUUUUAAUACUCUCUCAGUCGGUAAAACAUACUAUGUUUACAUGUAUAAAUUGAUACUUUUUUUUUAAAUAAAUGUUGUGAAUAUGGUAAAUAAUACCGUAUAAACUUUGUAUACUAUAGGUAGGUAUGUAUCUCGCGCAAAGUCUGUGGAACGCACUAACAAUAUAUUCAAUUUGAUUUAAUUUGGACGUGUACCCGCAAAACACAAUUCGAGAAACACACUAUUCUAAAGUAUUAAUUCUGUUUACCCCAAGUUUGGGUCGCAUAUACAUCAUUGUUAUACGUUUUAGAAUAUUAUAAACCAACGCGUGAUACUCGCGUCUCUGUCUUAAUGUGCGUUUUAACGCGCGCCGAUUGUUAUUCUGAAAUAUGGACUUGGCAAAAAUUGUUGUUGUUCUUAUCACAUAGUUUAAUUUCUAUGCUAAUGUCUGAAGUAAAAACGCAGAUGAGCGUUCACAGUAUAUAGCUUGUAUUCAAAACUCCUCUUAGAGCUGAACUUUUAGCCGUUUUACGCGUACGAAACUUGUGCACAUGACAUUGGCUAUAAGUGAGUACAUACCUAUAUUGCAGUUUCACAAAAUAAACCGUUUCGUUUCGAACACAAUUUACGAGCAAACCUACACACAAUACUCCCGCCAAUUAAUUCCAAUUUAAACCCGUGGAAACCUUGUUUGUGGUUGUCAUUACAUAAUUUGCCAUAAUAUUACGACCGGGCGGGUUAAUGUGACACGUUCACCGAAUCAGAUUCUCAAAAGUUUCUCUAAACAAUGUUAAAAACCGACAAACAAUGCCGAUAUAACAGAUACCGGGUUCGGGGUAAACCAGAUAGCACGCAGAUAGCUCGUAUUUUGAAUUUAUUAAGUAUACUGGUCGGAUCGAUGUUUAAAUAUCAAUAACUUUCUAGUGUAUAAUAAUUUUAGAACGUUUUUUUUUUUAUGAUUUCUGGAUUCGCUUGGUCGGAGAAAAAACCGAUACCUCGGUACAUUAAAUGAGUGAACAAUGCCAUAUUAGUGUCACAAUAUUACAAUGCAGUGUGGGUAUAACUAUAAACAACAUAAUGCGUUUUGUCCCAUAUUUUUACAAUCUAUAGUCUGGAAUUUCUGUAGGAUAAAUCGAUAGAUAUUAUCCGAUUUUGUUGAUCAGGUUGACAACGCAUAUUGUGCAACAGAUGUGAAGAAAAGACGCAGGGGGGAGCAAAAACCCGUCAGAAUGAUGUUAUAGUUCGAUUGUGCACGACGACGACCAUGUUCCAAUUGUUAUCAAAACAGGUUGCCAGUAAUAAUCCGAUACUUGCCAAGAGAAACGUUAAAAUCGAAAACGAAGUGGUUCUAAUACAUAUAAGUCUUGUAUAAAUAACGUGACAUUUGCAUUUACAUAGUUUAUAAUCUUUUAAUUUAGAGGCGUACACACAGGGAUAUUGGGGAUUGAUCCCCUAUCGUCUUUCUUAUUUUCGUCUCAAAAAAAAAUAUUAGUCAAUAUGAAAUCUAAUUAAGACAAAAUGCGUUUAAAUAUGAUAGUUUAACUGCUUUUUACUAUAAUACAGUGUGUCCUACAGUUUUAUGCGUAUGCUAAUAAGUAGGUCAAUAUUCAUUUUUUUUUUUUCUAUCGGAAUUUAUGCGAUGGGGACACAUUUGUAGAGAAAAAUUUUAUUUUUAUUUUCAUCUCUCAAUUAUUGAAAUCAUAACUUUAUUUUUCCGCUUUUUAAAAUCUGCAAAAUGGUCAUUUUGUAAAAUAUAUUAUUCUAAAAAUGUUAAUGCAUCAUAUAUUCAUAUCCGUUUAACAGUUUCUUAGUUUAUAAUAGCUUGGGUGUAUAUCAAAUAGGGGUGGAAAAAAUUAAUAUUCAACAGAAUGUAUUCCAGAUAAGGAAUUACCGUGUUGAUCGUGACUCCUUAUUGCAUAACGUGUUAUUGAAAACUGUAUAGAAAUAACAACAGCUAUUAUUAAAAAAAAACCAUUGAUCGGAUAUGAAUAUAUGUUGUGUUAAAAUUUUUAGAGUAAUAUUUUUUACAAUGGCUAUUUUGAAAAUAAUUGAAUAUUGAUAAAAUAAAAUUAUUAUUUUUUUUUCAAUAAUUAAGGAAUAAAAUAAAAAUUUAAUUUUUCUCUACAUAUGUGUCCCACUCGCAUAAAAACACGAUUGAAAAUAAAAAAUUAAUAUUGGCACAGUUAUUAGCAUAAGGAUAACACUGUAGGUAACCCUGUAUUCUAAAAUAUUGUUUAAAUAAUUAUUUUACUAUUGGUUUUUAUUGAAAAAAUUAAAAGAAUAUCCGUGGGUUGCAAGAGCAUGGUGAAAAUUCACCGUUAAAGGGACUACCACUUCUUCCUCUUACUUCCUAGGCAUUGUCUCUUUGAUCUUCCUUUUGAAAAAUCAUCAAAACGCUACUGCUUUUUAUCAUAAUAUUAUAAUUAAUAGUACCACAGAAGUUCUAAUAUUAGGACUCACUUUGUCUGCAGUUUUCUUAAAUCCUUUACCGCAACAUUCAAACAAUUUUAUUUUGUUUCAAGCUAUAAGCAGUGUAUAUGGGUAAAAUUUAAUUUUAAAAUAAAAAUUUGGGUCAAUACCCAAAUUGCGUAAUCCAAAUUCAAUUUUAUUUCAACAACAUAAAGUCAAGAUUUUCUCAUUUCCGGACGUUUGCCAAUUUUUAUUAAUAAAUUCAUCUGUAUUUAAAAUAAAACAAAUAAUUUUGUUGAGUUUAAAAAUUGUUCAUUCAAUGUAGAAAAACAAAUGCAUUUUACUAAACUUAAUAGGAAUGUGCCCAGAUAACCCUUCCAUGAAUACUGACUAUAGGUAUACGUAGGUAAUGUCGUAAUGAACGAAUCUUUAUGACAUUGACUAAAUCGUUUGUUGCGAAAAUGCCGUUAAAGACGCUAAAAUUGUUCGUGGAGUCAUGCACAUUCAAAAGAUGAACAAAUCGAACGGGUCCUAAUCCUGAAAAAAAUAAAAGCAUGAGACAAUCUUUAUUCGGGUUCAAAUGUUCCUCCCAUUGAAGAAUUUGGUAAUUUUUUUGCUAAAUUUUUCGUUUACUCAAUUGUAACACUAAAGCUGAGUUCUAUGGUUAGCUCGACAAACAAUAUUUCAUAAAAAGAAAAAUUUGAUAAAACUAAUUAAAAAGAAAAAAAAUGUUUGAUUUAUUCAUUAAAGUUUUGAGCUGUUUCCAACUUAAAAUAAUUCUUAGCUUCUUUGUCCGCUUCAAUACUUACUUUAAGUCUUGCCAAUCUACCUCCAUUUGAUGACCAUAAAAAAUCUUCCAAAUUUAACCAUCAUUAUUACUUUAUUUGUCUUUGGAAUACUCUCCUCCAACCCAAACUUAAAAGUGGAAUAUCUCGUCAACGGAUCGACGGAAAUCAAAAAUUUCAACACUACGAUUUAUCUUAACUAAUACUCAAACUAUUUAUGGACUUUUAAAUAUAGGUUGCAAAUAAUAAAAUAUUUUUAAAAAAUAACGGUGACAAAAAAUAACACAAUGAUAAAAUUGUAAUGCAACUUAUUUCCUAAAUGUUCUAAAAAAAAAUUCUGUAAAAAGUUAAUACUUUCCGAGAUAAUAAGUGUACCAUCUUAAAUGAAUCACCUGGUAUAUCUAGUCGCUGAAGAAUCCUUUCGUUGGUAUAUUUCCGUUUUCCGAAACAGUGGUUACCCUACAAGUGGUCAGGCGGUGGACAUAGACCGUUUACAUAGACCUAAUAAUUAGCUUUAGGACACUUUUAGACGAGACACCAUGUGACCAGCCGCUAGAAUCGCGCUACAAGACACAAACGACUCGUAUGCAAACAGCUUUUCACACGAGACUCGUUUAGUGUAGGGGUAUCUGAUUCAAAUAUAUAUAUAUUUUAAUUAUAAGUUACGAACGUUAAUCUCUUUCCACCAAGAAUUUUCCCAGCGCAUUACCGGUUACACAAGGUCUUGUUUCAUUUAGGUGGACACUUACAUGGCGCCAAGGUCAAUGUUAUUGUGCACGCACUGUAACUCACGCAAAGGAGAUGGGGUAUUUGGUCGGUUACAAAAGUUGCCGCAUAAAUGUAUACGCGAAACACUCCAAUACUCUUGGAUGGACAGAGUAUUGACAAUUUUAUUUUAAUAUAACAUAGAGGUACGGCGUGUUUUCUCCGAUUGAAAAUAAUAUGUAAGAAGUAGCCCGGAUACGGGAAACCGUGUCUAAUGGCAAGUCGACUUGGCAGAUGAACACUUAGUUCGUGUCCUUGUCUUGUGUGCGGUUUAUUUUAGAUACUAGUGUUCGGCCAAACAGUGUCAUGUUUGAAACCGGGCCAAAAUAUGGUAUAAACAUUUUAAAACCGGUGUUUUUUUUUUUUCGAACAUUAUGAUUACUAUCGCAUAAACAAAGCGAUUACCUACGUCACUAGCAUUUGGGUUCGAUGCACUUGUAAACAGAUAUCGAUAUCGUUAACAAUAAAACAUUGUGUUACAAAUACGUAUAAGAAUAAUAUUAUAUAUCGUUAUCGUCACGUCAAAGCCAAUGUGGAAGCGAUUUAAUAUAAUUCAAAUUGGUUUUACCUUAAAUUUAUGUUCUAUUUAAUUUGUUUUAUACUGUUUCAGCUUUACAAAGCCAUGUGGUAUUAUUUUAUAUCUAAGAUAGCCGAUUUGGCGGACACUGUAAGUUUGUAAUGAUAAAUUUAUAUAUAAUAUACAGGAUGAUUGACCAAAGCGUGCUCACCCCGUUUUUUUUUUUUUUUAAAUUUUACAAAAAAAUAAAAAUUCUGAUGUUGGAAUGUUUAAGUGUAGUUAAAGUCAAUAUUUUCAAAUACUUAAAUAUUUCACAACAUUUAAGGAAUAUCCUGUGGCGAUACCAACUUAAGUUUUCCAAAUGAAAAGCUAUAGUAAAAAUUAAAUUAUUCGAAAAUAUCGGCUUUAACUACUAUUAAAAAUUCCAAAAAUCAAAAUUUAAAUAAAUUAUAAACAAUUUAACCAAAAAAAUAGGAUGAGCACGCUUAAUGAGUCGCCCUGUAUAUACAGGGUGAAGAGGACUAAUUAACAAAUGAUGAAUAAUUUUUUGUCUAUUGAAUGUUCUUAAGUUUUUUUUUUAGAUUCUGAGUGGAGAGAAGAAGCUUAUGGUUUUACAAAGAUGUUUAUUUUUUUUUUUUUAUCUGUUAACAACUUUUCUACCAGAAGACUUGCUCGGAUUUCUAAGUGUAGCACCUUUUCUAAAAUGAAUUCGGUGUGGAGAGGUAGAGGUACAUAUCAUUUUUCGAUUUUCUCAAGAGUUUUCUCAUAAAAUUUAAAAAAACGAAAUAAACUGGAAAAUGUUCGAAAUAUAUUACUAAAUAUUUUUAUUUUUUUCUUUGCACAACAUUUCAACUAGCAAUUUUGCUCCAACUUUUAAUGAUAGCAAUGUUUCUAAAAGGAAAUUGCACUAAAGAAGUACUUUAGAAAGGUCGUUUUUCGAUUUUCUCGGGAGUUUUCUCAUCAAAUUUAAAAAAACGGAAAAACAGGAAAAUAUAAGAAAUGUAGAUAUUAGUUAAAAUAUAUUACGCCCUUCUUUUUUUUUUUUCACAACUUUUCUACCAGCAACUUUUUUCCAAUUUUUAAUGAUAGUAAUUUUUCUUAAAGGAAAUCCGAACAGGCAGGUGCUUUAGAAAUACCAAUUUCGAUUUUCUCAGGAGUUUUCCCAAAAAUAGGAAAUCCUGGAAAAUAGGGACAAUAUUGAACAAAUAUUAAAAAAAAGUAUAUAUAUUGCCUAUUUCGUUUUUUUCGUUAGCAAUGUAUAAUCGUUGCUAACAAAUAUGUAAUACCUAUAUACCUAUAACAGUGGCUGCAUCCGUCCCCAUUACCCUGAGACAACUUUUUUUUUUUUAAUUCAAUUUUAUAUUUUUAGAAUUUGUAAUAAAAAUUUAAAAUUGUAUUUAUGAAAUCCGUAUACCUGCGCCACUAACAGACAAUAUUGGAAUUAGUUUAUUCUACCAAUUUGGUGAUAUUUUAGUCAUUUAGUUUUCUAGUGACACUAUAUUCAUGUGCACACCCGGACUUUCACGAAGUUUGCCCGCCCGCUUCAUCCGAUUUUAUUGACACUAAAGUCAACAUUUUGUCAAUAUUUAAUUAGGAGAAUUUUCAAGUCCACACCCAAAAUUCAAGAGUAACAUUUACUCUCUCCACUGACAGGUGGGCCAACUUCAGGUAACCCAUCCAUUCGUUCAAUUUCGUCGAAACCCAUAUCAAAAUCUUCAUUGCACAAUGCAAGAUAACGAUAACCGAUACCAAAUCUUGAAAACUGUAUUAAGGUUAAUACGGUAUAAAUACGGCUUCCUAUAGACCAAAUUAGCUCAAUCUUGGGGAUUAGAAUUUUUUUUUAUGCGGGUUGAAAUAAUCAAGGCUGUUGCAGUAAAGCGUCUUUUUUUAGUAAAUACACCUCUACAGAUUCCCAAAUGAAGCCAAAAAAAUACAAUUUUUUAUAAUAUGCUUAGUGUGAAUAUCGAGGAUAUGCCUUUUGGUAGUUUCAAUUUUCAAAACUUAUCACAACCAUUUUUAAAAGAAAACCAGUUUAAUGGCAACUUAAAAAAAAAAAAAAAAAUCCCGCUGAUUAAUAUGAAGUUUUUGAUUCGAGUUUCAACAAAAUCGAAUAAAUUGGAUAGGUUACCUGAAGUGGGCAAACCCGUCUGUUUACAAUAUAAAUGCUAGUCAAAAGUUCUCGAAAUUACUCGUACAAGUCUGACACCGGUUUCGAUAAAAUUAGUGGUAUAACGUCAUGGACGUCGAAUGCGGCCAAACAAACAAGUUAUUUCAAUCUUUUAAGAUAAAAAUAUUUAUAAAAUAUUACUUAUUAUUUAUUCAUUAAAAAAAAAUAAAAUUCGCAAUCAAUUAUAAGCGCUCGAAUAUUUCUGUUUUAUGUAUUUUACUUAAAUAUUCCUGACAUAAGCUUUUGUUCGUGGACCGUGUCGAAAAGUUUUAAUACUCAAACUAUAUAGGUAGUUAAUUCGAUUAAUUUUCAAAAAAGGUAACGACAGCUUUAUACCUAAAUAUGCUAAUUUAUUUCUUUGAAAUUGUAUAAAUAUAAUAUUAUAACACACACACACACACACACACAGGAGCGAAACUUCUCAAGUGGCAAGAAACUAAGGGGACAACUGCGUGUUGCAUAGCCGAUAAAUUUUUGUAUUUUCCCAGUUCAUUGCACUCGAAAAAAAAUUUGAAAAAAACACUAAAUAUAUUUAUCACAUUAAUUGUCUUGCUUUUAUGUUUCUAUAACAGGUAUUUUUCGUUUUGAGGAAAAAACAAUCUCAAGUAACAUUCCUACACGUUUACCAUCAUGUAAACAUGGCAUUCACUGCUUGGUUUCAUCUCAGAUUCAUUAAAAGUGAGCAUGCUUACUUACAUUGCUAUAUUAAUAUAUUAUGUGUACGUGGAAUUUAUAGUAGGAUUAUUUUAUUUUUACAAUUAUUCAGUUUCAAUUGAGAUAGUUAUGAAAAAUACAGUUUUCAUAUUAACAGCUUAGAUAAAACAUUACACACACCCAGUGGCAAACCCGAAUGCUAAUCCAAAAUAUGUUAUAAAAUAAAACUGUAGUUUAAUAUAGUGUUGAAUUAAAAUUAAUUUUCAUUACUUAUCGAAUUCUUUCUGAAAAUGAAGGUUAGCACUGUAUUGUGUAUAUAGUGUCAGUUUUAUGUAUUUAGAAUUUAUCUUUUUCCAGUUAUUUUUGGACAAUUUUAGCUGUUGUUCCUUAUGAACCAUAUCAACUCAAAUUCGGGUACAUUUUUUUUACACACGGACUGAAGCAAUAAAUGUUGAGUUGGAUUUCAGCAUGCAUUUCACCAAGUUUUUAUAGGAGAAGAGUAGUUUUGUUUAGCUUUAACCAUCUUUGCACACCCUCCAAAUAAAGUCAGAGUAAUGUAAUUUUGUAUAUGCAUAGCAUCAGUAUCAAGUAUACGACUUUCGAGGAAAUCAACUUCACUUCCCAACCCUACUAUUUUUAUACUCAAAUUUAUCCAUUCUUUGGAAAUUAGUACCUAUAUAAUAGUUCUAGUAUAGUAAAGUAUUAUUGUACAUUUAUACAUAUAUGUAAAUUCAGCUAUUAGUUUUUUAAAAAAAAAAAAAGUAACUCAUAAAACUAACCAACUUUGAACUGUUAUAAUCUGCUAUAUGGAUUAAUGAAAAAUUAAAAUUUUGACUUUAAUUUAAAAAAAAAAAAUAUAGCUUUAUUAACUUAUGCCAUUUUUGGAUAGGUCGUUAUUUGAAAAUCAAAAUUUGAUAGUGAUUUCACCCCACCCCCAAAAGUAAGGUGCAAAAUAAAUGUAUCUAAAAAUUUGAAAAUAUUCAAUACUUUCUGAAAUAUUGAGUGUGUAACGAUAAAGUAAUCAUUCUAUAUUUAUAUUAACAAAAUAAACAAUAUUCAUGUAUAUUUAAUUAUAUAGGUGAACAAGUUACCUUUGGUGGAAUCAUUAAUAUAACAGUCCAUAUGAUUAUGUACAGUUAUUAUUUUUUGGCGGCCCUCGGACCUAAAAUCAAAAAAUAUCUUUGGUGGAAAAAGUACUUGACUGGACUUCAAAUUGUAAGUCCCAGCACCAAAUGUCUAAAUACACUUAAUUAUUAAAUAUUUAUUACUAUUAACUCAUCUGAAUAACGAACGGAAAUGUAUUAACUAAUAUAAUAUAACGUCUUUUUCAGCUUCAGUUCGUGGUUAUCGUGUUGUACGUAUUCGGACUAUUUAUAUUUGACUGCCAGUAUCCGAAAUUGUUUAUGAUAUAUCUUAUAAUGGAUGUAAUAUUAUUUUUUCACAUGUUUAUGAUAUUUUAUAAGAAAACGUACACUGCGGAAAAAAUUAAAGUAAAAUAAAUUCAACCGAAGGAAUGUAAACGCAUUACCAUUGACUAUACAAAAUUAUCAAUCUAUCGUAAAACACUCAUUAUCUCGAAAAGUAUUAACACAUUUCGGAAUUUGUUUCAUAGGAUAUUUAAGAAAAAAGUAGUUCUACACUUUUAUAUGUAUCUUAUUUUUUGUCGCCUUUAUUUUCGGGAGUAAAACCACUACAUACUUUUGAUUUUCUAAUGACAAUCUAUGUUAAGAAUCCUACAAAAAAAAAAAAAAUAUAUGGAGUAUUAGUUAUAAUAUAUUUUGGUAUUAAAAUUUUUAAUUUCCGUCAAUCCAUUGACAAGUUAUUCCACUCUUAAGUUUUGGUCGGGGAAAUGUAGUGGAGCAUCAUUUGUGUGGCAGCAUUGGCGCGCGGCGUUUUAAUACUUCGUCUAUUAAAGGCAUUUUUACUAUCGUAUUUUUACUAUUGCAUACAUAAUUACUGAUAUUACUUACGUACGUUAACAUUUUGUGUAAAAAUAUGUAAUAUAAUGUGACAUAAAAGUAAAUAUUAAAUGGUAAAUAAAUUAUAAUUUUGACAAAACACAAACAAAAUAU